AUGGACCCACUGUACACAAGCUAGGACUAUAUGAGAAACACCCACAUCCUCAACUCCUCAUAUGCCUACGCCCAAUAAUUCUAGCUUGAGCAAUACUAUAACUAUCAAUAUCCUCAAUAACUUCAGUACAUCCCCUACCCUACCGUUCAACCACAAUUAAUUUCUUGGCACUUACCAAACACCGGCAUUCAAGUAAAUGAAAUUAAUGAUAAUAACUCAAAGCCAGAAAAAGAAAGCCAAGGAGUCCUAAGUCAUUUUUCAGAUGAUUUCUUGCCAUUCCAAGUUGAUUAUCUCACCGAUUUACACUUGAUGAACGGCAAAGAAGUUGUUUAAAAAGAAUAAUAAGAAAACUUUUCUAACGAGGCAAGAUUCAAAUAAUUUGGUAGGUCUAAUGCCUCCUAUACCAAAUAACAAGGAUCUACAUGUCUAUCAUUCAGCAGCCUCGAGCUUGCAAUGAUUAACAAGUCAAUCAAUCAAUCUCAGAAUCUCCAUAGCUCGGAGCAGACUGAGGAUUUGUGUGACUUGUACCUGUAGAAUCGCAGUAACCAAGAUUCUAAAAAUAAUAAUGACUUAGAAGAAAUAGUUGAGGGUACGGAAGACUCAGAUAAUCUUAAAGUGGUCCAAAAUGCUGAAAACCUUGAAAUUGCCGAGGAAAAAGAACAGUCGGAACAGCAAAAGAAGAGCAAACAAGCUAACUCCUGGAGGAAGGACGUAGUUUACAAGACUAUUCUCAGAAAAAUUAGAAAGGAGUAUCUUAACGAAUUUAACUCUCGAACAAAGUAUAUUCUAACUAAGAGAUCUAGAAAGCCAACCUAUCUGCUAGAAAAACUCUAGGAGUAUGCCGAGUAUUUAUUGGACGGCACUAACUCAGACCUAACGGAUGAAUUAGUUUUCUUCAUGGGGUGCAUUUUUUACCCUAAGCACAUGAAGAACAUCUAUCAAACCGCUAGCAAGUUAUAGGAAAUUGAGACUGUUCACUCGAGCUUAUAUUCAUUCACUAAAAAGAAAUUAUCUAAUUUGGAAUCCUAUGGCGCUUAUCACUUUUUAAUUGAUAAAUUUGAAACCAAAAAUAAGGAUACUCUGCUUAAAAAGGAUGACAUAUGCACUGAAACUUUCGCAAACGACGAGUCAUUCGAUGCUGCAGAUAUCACCAUUCGUUCUGAUUUUAUUGAGGGAUUUGAUCAGUUAUAGUAAAGACUUCAAUCAAGCAAGAAACAUAUCAUUCGUAAAUAAUUCUCAAAUAAUGAGUCAGCGGUAGUAAAUACAUUAUGA